AUGGCUGGCCUCAACUCUCCCGGUCUUUACCGCCGCAACAACGUCCCUCACUGGCAGCGCAUGCACCAGACCCACGACGGUCUCCGUCAGUGGCAGAAGGGCCCUCGCGCUAAGAUGAUGCUCUACCCCUACUACGCUCUGCUGGCCUCGACCUCGGCCGCUACCAUGUACAUGAUGGGCAGAAUGGUCCUCGGCCACAAGACUUGGUUCUCCAGCAACUAA